ACUAAGUCCCCAAUUCUUCUUCACAAAAUUUAUUCAACAACAAUCUAAUUUUUCAUGACUGGGAGACUGCCGAAGAGGAGGACUGAAGGCUCUGACCCCUAACAGCCCCCUAGCAAACAUUAUCUUCACCUCAAUGAUGCAAGUUGAAAGACUCAGAAAGGCAAGAUGAGGUCUCUGUCUUUUAACUGGAUACAGGUUGCCUCACUCAGUACAUCAUCAGUCACCUGUAAAGUCAUACCGAAGAACCUAAAAGGGCGGAACAAGAGCUCCCAAGAUUGGCUCCAUAGGCAGCUCAAUGAUCCCUAUGUAAAACUGGCAAAAUAUGAACAGUAUAGAGCUCGAAGUGCCUACAAGCUGCUGGAAAUGGAUAAUCAGCAUAAAAUCCUAAAACCGGGACAAGUUAUUAUUGAAUGUGGAGCUGCUCCAGGGGCAUGGACGCAGGUUGCUGUCAGCAGAGUCAACAGUUUGCCAAAGGAUAAAAGCAAACCUCAGGGCCUUGUGAUAGGGGUUGACCUGACCCCUGUCCAUUCCCUGCCCGGUGCCACUUUCCUUGGAGGGAGGGACUUCACUUGUCCCAAAACACAACAGCAGCUUUUAGACUUGCUUCAGGGAAGAAAGGUGAAUGUUGUUUUAUCUGAUAUGGCUCCCAAUGCAUCAGGCACAAAAGCACUUGAUCAUGAAAAUAUUAUCAACCUUGCCUAUUCUGCCUUGAGAUUUGCUGUCCAGAAUUCUGCCAUUGGAGGAUCAUUUUUAUGCAAGAUUUGGGAAGGAUAUAUGACCCAAAAGAUCUCAGAUGACAUGAGGAAGUUUUACAAGAAUGUGAAGCCCAUCAAGCCACCUUCAAGUAGGAGUGAUUCAGCUGAGAAGUUUUUACUCUGUAGAAACUUCCUUGGUGUUAAGUGAAUAAGAGAAUUAUUAAUUUCAUGCCAGUUAUAGAUUGUGAUUUUGUAAAUAAAUGAAUGAUUUUUUUUUU